GCCGCGUUUUAUGCAACCAGUCUUGCUUCGGAGCGAGUGAAUCUACUCCUCCAGCCUUUGACAGACGAGGAAAGUGUGUGCAGUGACAUCGGUGUCUGUCUGGUCGCUUCUCGUUGAUCAGUCUUGUUAAUUGCACGACCGACUGUUCUGUUGGGACAACCGAUUCGGCCAGAUCCGGUUUUCUUCGUGGUUGAGUCAGGACACGAUCGUAUAAACGUCCGUAUUACGUAUAUUGUCGUCAGUUGUGUAUGCUGUCUUUGCCGGCGACAGUAAGGCAAGGCUUAAAGGCGGUGUCGGUUGUGUACAUUCGGCACCCUUGGCUAUCCUACAAAAUUUCACCCAUCGUUUACUAAUAUAACUGAGAGGCAUACGGGCUGCGUACUCGCGUGUACCGAUCGGAGUGCCAGUGUGACGACAAUCGGGCGUGCUAACACGGGUGUAUUAUCCACGGUUGUGUAUAUGUAUAUGUGUGUAUGUGCGUAACGUGCGCGUAGAGGAAAACGAAUUGGUCGCUGUCGGAAGAAAGGGAUAGAGCGCGUGAAGAGGGUGGGAGAACGAAGGCGGCCGUGAAUCCACGAUACGCGGCUACGUUCACGCCGCCGCGUAUUCCACACGGCACGACACGAAACAUAGCGCACCGUCGGCCCAGGCCUACAGAGAAGAGAGACGACGCGUAUCUGAACAUCUUACGAAUUAUUACGAAUUCGCAUAGCUUUGACGCGCCUUUUGGCGCGUAUAGCCUCCUCGUUCGGUCGACUUCUUCGACCUCCUCGCCGCUACUAUGGCGGACGACGAGGUUCUCUUCGACGAGGUUUACGAGCUCUGCGAGAUUAUCGGCAAGGGACCAUUCAGCGUGGUUAGGAAAUGCAUCCACCGCCAGACAGGGCAGAUGUUCGCGGUAAAAAUCGUCGACGUGGCAAAAUUCACAUCCAGCCCCGGUCUAAGCACGAAUGAUUUGAAACGGGAAGCCACAAUAUGCCACAUGCUGAAGCACCCCCACAUAGUGGAGUUAUUGGAAACAUACAGCUCGGAGGGUAUGCUCUAUAUGGUGUUCGAAUAUAUGGAUGGCUCUGAUUUAUGCUUCGAGGUCGUUCGAAGAGCGACUGCUGGAUUCGUGUACAGCGAAGCAGUGGCCAGCCAUUACAUGCGACAGAUCCUGGAGGCGUUGCGCUACUGCCACGAGAACGACAUAAUUCAUCGUGAUCUAAAGCCGCAGUGCGCCCUCCUGGCGGGCAAGGAAAAUUCCGCACCGGUGAAACUACGCGGCUUCAGCGUCGCCGUGCAGCUUCAGUCGUCCCAGGCAAACGGCGUCGAGUGUUACACGACCGAGUAUCGGCAGUGUCUGAGCCCAAAGGGGCAGCUCUACUUGAAGGCCGACAACGAGGGUCGUGUCGGGUGUCCACACUUCAUGGCGCCGGAAGUGAUCCAGCGCAGACAGUACGGCAAGCCUGGUGACGUCUGGUCAGCCGGAGUGCUGCUCCAUGUUCUAUUAACUGGUACACUUCCAUUCGUCGGCUCUCGAGAUAGACUGCGAGAAGCAAUUUGCAGAGGACGAGUGCAGAUGGAAACGCCUUUAUGGGACAAUAUCAGCGAACCAGCCAAGGAUCUCAUACAAAGAAUGCUCACAACGGAUGUAAAUCACAGGAUUACCAUACAGGAAGUGCUGAACCACAAAUGGCUCCGAGAUCGUGAUAAGGGCGUGGCCCGAAUACAUUUAGGCGAAACUAUAGAAGAGCUUAAGAAAUUCAAUGCUAGACGAAAAUUGAAGGAAGCUGUGAAAGCGGCGAUCUCGUCCUCGAAAUGGCACAUCCCGUAUUCGGAAAUUAACGGUGACAGCUUUUUCGAUAUAGGCGACGACGAAGUAAUUACCACAGGUGUUGUAGCUGAAAUUUUAGACUCUCUGGAUGAUAUUGAGGUACUUCAAGAGAGUGGAAGACUGACACGUGCCGAGAUACUUAACGCAGUUGACGAUUAUCGUCUUCGAGCUGUUUUAGAGCUUUACGAUAGGAUUUCGACUCGAGUUCCAACGCCAUGCCGAGCGCCGCAAACAGACGCAGUUCAGCGUGCGCGAGAAGUCGAGGAACUUCUUCGAGAAAUAGAGCAUUCAGCGAUACGAAACAUCGAUAGGGCGGAUCUCCGAGAGCUCCAUGAACUUUUGGUCCAGCCGCACAUGAGGGCGCUUUUGCAAGCGCAUGACGUAGCGGGACACGAAGUUUAUGGCGAAGAAGCGACCAGAGUUACGCCGCCGCCUCUUCUCCCCUAUCUGAACGGCGGCGACGAUCUCGAGGGUCAAAAUGGCGACUUGGACCUCGAGAAUGUAACGCGCGUCAGGCUGGUCCAGUUCCAGAAGAACACCGACGAGCCAAUGGGAAUCACAUUAAAAAUGAACGAAGAUGGAAAGUGCGUGGUAGCAAGAAUUAUGCACGGUGGUAUGAUACACAGACAAGCGACCCUUCACGUGGGUGACGAGAUCAGAGAAAUUAACGGGAUACCGGUGGCCAAUCAAUCUGUCAAUGCCUUGCAAAAGAUACUCCGGGAAGCACGAGGAUCGGUGACCUUCAAGAUCGUGCCGUCUUACAGGAGCGCACCACCCCCGUGUGAGGUACAAGUAAGCCCUAAAACCCAAGCCCAAUCCCAGAGUCCCAGUACAGCAAAUAAACCCGUGGCUACGGCAGUGUCGACGAGCACCGGCUCGGCCGCUGUCGCGAGCAAAUCCGGCAAAUCAGUGAAAACCUCGUCGGCCAACAGCACCAAGGACAAAAGUAAAUCAAAGUCUAAAAACAAGAGCGGCUCCUCGUCGACCGAUAGCACGCCUAGGCGCCGGCUUAAUCCGCUAUCGGCUCUCAGAUCGCGGAAAUCUUAAACCUAGAUGGAAGAUGGAUUGAUCCUGUACACUCUGUAGUCUCGUAGUUCUCUUUGGCGCCAAAAAUCGGAGCCAAUGGUAGUUUCUCCGUUAUUAUUUCGCGUAAUUGCUCUUCUCUAAACAGGCUUUGAAUUGCAAUCGCUUUGGGAAAUACCAAAGAAUUUUCUGAUAGCCCGCCGAUAGGUUACACGAUGAUAGAUAUUUAUUACAUAGUAGUUUCGUUGGUAGUGAAUGAAGGACCGUUAGUCGAAUUCUGUUGAAUCAUUGGUGUUUCUUACACCGGGAUAUUUUCUGAUAAGUUUCUUAGUAAUUUCUUAGUUUUUUGUGUAUCAGCCGUCAUUGGACGUCGAAUUAUGUUUCUGAAAGGAAAGUAAGUUGUUCAAGUGAACACUUAUUGAAUAUCUUCUCUUGCCUCUGUAUACGUAUACAGAGAGAUUUUCAUACAAUCGUGUCAAAGAGUUUAAUUUCGAGUGAGAUUUCUAAGUUUUCCAUUAGUGAAUUGUUUCGAUGAACGUUUAUUCGUCAGAGUACACGAAACAGUACUCGUAAUUAGCUAUAUGACGUCAAUAAUUGGAAGCACAUGGUUUCAGAGUGGUUACGUUUGAAAUAGAUCAAUUAUCAGAUUAUGCGAAUAAAUAUAAUCUGAUAAUAUAAAGUGUAUUUCGAUUCCCCAACACUUUUGUUAGGUAUUUCUAAGAAAUUCUAUUUCUGGCUCUUUUAUUCGUCGAAAAUUGCGAAAGUAGGCGUGAUGCAGUGCCAACGAGUCCUUGUUAUUUAAUAUUUCUUGUCUUAUUAUUAAAAGUAUUGGGAGCGUAAUAUAAAUGAUAGUAAUUCUGCACGACAAGUUACAUAGACAAUUUAUCGAAUCUCGUGCGUUUCGUUGAAAGAACUUUACUAAAAUUCAGUCGUUGUUUGUUGGUAAUUAGUUGACAAAGUAUUACUAUGAACAUGGGCCAGAUGUAGUCGUAUAAUUAAUUUAGUUUAUUUGAAUUUGUAUUUCAGGAGCAUGGCGUAUACUAAUAUAACUUAAUUAGAAAGUUUAAUGUCGACGAAACUUGCGUUUUCAUUUACGAACUUCCGCCUACUUAAUGCCGAUUUUGUUUCUAUAAAAAAUUUCAACGAAAAUUAAACAACGUAGUUCACAACCUACGCGACAAUUAAACUCAAUUAAAAGGCAGCUACGCGUUGUUUGCAUACUGUAUAAACUUAUCCGCUUUACGAACUAUGUUAGAGUAUCUACUUUAUCUCGUGUCACUGUGAUUAUAGAAAUUAAUUGUCUGAUAUUGAGUUACGCAGUUGUUUGAUAGUCUACAGUUCGCCUGACAGUGUGAUAUUAAAUAGAAGGAUGUACUCUAACUUCUGAGAUUACAUAAGUAAAUAUUUCGUCAGAAGCGUUUUUGAGAUAUUUAUCACCGAAAAUUGUACAAAUUGUUUCUCAGUCAAUUUAUAUUCUUUCUUUGUUUGGUUUUUUCUUUCUUUCUUAUUGAUACAAUUUAUUGAAUGAUUUUUGGUGAACGUUUUAACGGUAUCUGAAAUUUUCUAGUCAUUUUCUAAUGUAUUUUAAAAUAUUCACAAUUAUUUGAAAGCUUUUACUCGUCGAUGAAGCGAACGCGUUAAGGUUCCCUUUUCGUUGUCAGGCGUUUUAUUUCCCCUUUGGAGUAUGAUUGAGACGGAAUUACAGCGGAGCUCGAGAAGUUCCCUCAAUAAUCGAUAGUUUACACGUAGUUACACACCAAGUUUCACGGAAGGAUAAACGCGGAAAGAGGCGAUUCGUAUAGUGGAUUACCUUGCACACUCGCGUCGUGUUUUGAUUCCACGUGGAAUACAUCUGAUGUUGCGCUGUUAAACAAUUAGAAAGCUUCUGCGAAGCGUUAAUUGCUAGACUUGUAAACGGUAACUUUGCGUUUCACAUCGGGAUUCUGAUUGCGAUUUCAUUUCCACGAAUCGUUGCGUUUAUGAUAAUUUUACGCGUCGAAUGCGAGCUGAACAUUUUCAACAGCUUCACAGAGAGAGAAGAGUGUAGAAUAGAUGUCUGUUUAGUAUUUGAAACGCUACGAAGAAGAUAAGUGAGAUUAAUUGAGAAAUUUCAUGAAAUUGAAGUUUGAAGAAUCACUUCGGUGAUUUAUAUUUAUAAUGUUAAUUUGCAGAGUUUUGCAAAUGUUUCGUAAUUCUUCGGAAUUAUAUUUUCAAUUCGUGCGAUGUUGAAUAUUUUAAACAUUAUACUUUGCAUAUAAAUUGGGAAAAAUGCCUGACAUCGAUACACUUUCUUUCGACUUGGCGCGAUUUUCACACGAAUUACGACAUCGCGCGUUGUAUGAAACAUGUUAGAGAUUUAAGUGUAGGUUGACUAACAGCUACACAGUUACGUGGAUGUCUAGAUUGCUUAAUAAGUCUAGAUUCUAGGGACACUGAAUCGAUUAGGAGAACGUAAUUUAUAUAAUAUAUAGACGUAGCGAAGAAAUAAAGCUAUAAAAUAUUUCUCGAUAUUAAAAAAGUAGAAUCAGAUCUCAAGACUAAAAAGAGAAAUUCGUACGUCUCGUUAUGAGUCUUAUAGUCUUGUAAUCUCUACACAAUAUUCGUACCUGAACGUUAGAAUCGUCUAAUCUCAUUAUUCUUCAAUACAAUCGCGUACUUUUUAUUGUUAUUCUUUUUUUUUUAAAUUUCGAAGCAUGAAGCUUGUUACCUAUAGGAUUAGGUGAACUAUCAAGUAACUUCCAAUUUCAUCGAUGGAAAUUGCGUAUAUUUCCGAUCUGCAUUCAUCAAAUUCCUUUGCUAGUGCGUAGACGUAAUAAAACAUUUAAGAUAAGCUAACUGGUUUCUCUAAAAAUUUCGCACGCAGGAUAAAACAGCUGCACUUUCUAAAAAUAAUCCUCCGUCCAAUAAUUUUGAUAAUAACUUGCUAGCUCGGUAAAUCGACGUUAAGAAUACGAGAAAAAUAAAGAUAUUACGUAAAAUAUUUAUAUCGUAUUUAAAAAUUUAAAAUUCCCUCUGAUGUACACAAACGAAUUUCCCCUCGUUGAGUUAAUUGGAAAUUACUUAUGGUCUCGCCUAAUUGCUUUUGUUGACGACGGAAGUCUGCAGAUUAAAAAUUCAGAGCGUCUAACGAACGUGAAUUUCAUGAACCAACCAACCAUUGAGAAAUGACGGAAUUUCAUCGAAUUUCAAUGUACUGGAAAUUGAAUUGCUAAAAGAAUCGAAACUGGGUCAAACAGAGAGAACGUUUAAUGCGAAGGAUCACUGUUCAAUUUUGUUAUCUUCGGAGUUUUCUUCUUUUUUUUUACCAAGUGAGUAUAUUAUUAAAUUCGGUUAUUUGAAAUCUUUGUAAUAUGUAAUAUUAAUACUUCACGUUUAUACUAAAAUUGUAUGAUUUUAUCUCAUACCGUGAAUAUUUAAUUAAGUUACAUAUCACAGUACUGGAUAAUUUUCAUUUUAAAAAAUAUUCGUUAUAAAAUGUUCCAUUAAAAUUUUGCACAGAGAAAGAAAGAUCACUUUUGUUUUUCUAAUUUCUUUGUAAAGACGAUCCGUUUCGACUCAAUGCAAUUUCAAACGUUAUUCACGUUUUUACUGAUUUCUAAACUGUUGAGAAAUAUAUAGAUUACGUUUUUCAUGAACAAGGUAAUAGAGAAAUGAUAUGAAAUUAAUAAAAUUAAUAAACGAGAGUGCAACGAGCUCGAAGCAACAGGAAAGAUGCAGAUUUUUGAAGUUAAGCCAACCAGGAUUUAGUUUGGGCCAUUUUUACUUUUGCAAAUGAGGUUUUCAGUUACCUGCUGACGAACAUAAAAAAAAAAAAACGCGCUUGACUACAAUGUCUUUUUUACAUCAAACGUCGCCCGUCCCCACACUAGAAGAUAGCAAUUUUAUUGAACAUGGUAAUUUGAAUUCAUCGCUGCAAAUAUAUAUUUUUCCAAGAUAGAUUCGUCUCGACGUUGUGUGAUUAGUAAAUAGUUAUUACCUGGAGCCGAUAGGAACGAAGGUUUUCACUGAUUUCCUCGAAUUCAUGCACAUACACACACACACACACACAUACACACACAAACACAAACACACCUAUCUACUUUUUGAAGAAAUUAUUGAAACAUGAAAAGAAAGAAAAAAAGAAACUUCGAAAUCAUUACAUGUUCGAUCAAUCUUUUUUAAUAUAUCAAACUUGAUUUACUGUUUCACGUAUCGGAGAGAGAAAUUUUGAUUUAAAAAUGAUCAUAAUAAAGUUUCUUCUUCUUGUUUGCUCGCGAAAUUAUUCUCUGAUGCGUUACGUUCGAUAAAUCGAGUUAUUUCGGUUUCUUUCUCUGUAUUUAAACAGUAACAUACACACACACUUAUAUAAAAACGAGAAAUAUUCACUUUUCAGCUUAUAAUGCAAAAUAGAUAUUAUUUCAGUAUCCAAUGAUCUCUCAGCAAGGGAGAGUAUCGGUAUUUUACGAUUAUAUUUAUACAUGUAGUCUGUUUUUUUUUUUUUUUCUUUUCUCACGCGAUUCACAUUCGUGGCGAUUAGGCUUAACGCAAAGCGAAGCAUACUUCGCCACCACGAAUUUUCCACGCUGCUUUUUUACUUUCGAUUUACUUGCAAAAUUACCGUCGAGGAUCUUACAGAAUUACACGAGUCUUGCAGACAUCUGUGCUAUUCGUAAUGAAACAGCACACACACGCAAGAAUUUGUUACUUGUUCUUUAUUGGCCGACCGAUAUCGCCGCGAAGUUUGAACGAAAUCUCUCCUUCGAAAUACGAAAUGCCAUUCGAUUUCAGCUCACGUGUAUAAGUUUUCGAUUACGAACGAUUCGAUCGCCACGUUUUAUCUUUGUUUCGCGUAAUUGGAAACUAAAAAAAGGUAUAUCGUUCGAUGGAUAUUAUGACAGAUUGUAGCGCAGAAUUUGGACAUGAUACAUGACACACGUAUAUAUACACGAACAUAUACACACGAAUUUCUCCCCCUCCUGCUUCAAAUAUACAUUAAGUAUGUAUAUUAUUUAUACAUAGAGUAUAUUCGUUAUUUAAUGUGUUCAUUUCGGAUAUAUAUCUAAUGAUAAUAUCGGAGGGAAGUUAUUUUGCGAUGGACGAAAUAUGUAAGGGAAAGGGCGAGCUUUCCUUUUCUCUUGAAAACUUCACCACAACACAAAUAUCGAUUCUGGGUAAAUGGAAAGUCACGUGCACACGUGCAGGAGCGUGCAAUUGUCUUUUGAAUAUCCCUCGUCGUUUAAAACGAUUCUUUGAUUUGGGCAAUACGUGUUCUGAACUGUGUUACUGCCUAGUGCCUGUUGAAACAAUCAAUAGUGUCGGAAGUAACACAAACUAUUUACGAAGUAAUUACAGUGCGCGACCACGUUCGAGAAUGAGUUCGAGAUUAUGUUAUGUUCGUGAAAUUUUCGUGUCACCGAUCAACGUGACGUUUGUUUUCGGCGUGAAAUUGAAAUUUCCGGAACACGUUGGAAAAGAAAAAAAAAAAAAAAAUGAGCUUAAUAGAAGAAGUACCCAGCAUCGCACAACACACAUUAUCUCGCAGGUUGUUCUACGUUAAAUCUCGUGCUUAAAUGCUUCGUGGCUUUUUCUUCAGUUUCAUUUAGGACUUUGUCGCGUUCGUCAACUUAUAUUUCGAGAAUGCAACCUCUGAAAAAAAAAGUGUUUGGCAAUUUUUUAAAUAUUUCAGGCACGGAAUUAAGAAACAAUUGGAUAUUCAUUUACUCAUUUUAUAUACAUUCCAACGAACGAAGAACGUUCCAAUCUUUGUUAAAUUCAAAUAAAUUAUCUUUCAAUUUUGAAGUAGCGAGAGUGUACAUUUUGUGGAAAUUAAGCUUCCGCGAUCGAUGAGCGCGACGAUAUCUAACGACAAAAGAUCUAUGACGUCAGAUAAGCCGGUGAUUUAUCGUAGAAUAUCUGUGCAAACAGGGAGCGACGUGAUUCAUAGUAUACUUAAACAAAGAGUGAUUUUCUUGAAAAUAAGGAGAAAGUGUACGAAACUUGCCAUUUCUUGCCGACAAACUUCCUUUCUAUAAGGCAUUAACUUUUACGAAUCUCCGUCGGGUUAUUUUUAGCAAUUUUCUUCCAUCAAGUAUCGUCGUAUUUCGUUGUGAUAAACGAGCAAUGUAUCACGUUUAACAAAGUAAUCUGACACAUUUUUUUCAAGCUUAACGAUACCUUUGAUUAAGCAAUAAAUAAAUCCAAUAUCCAUCGUCUUUCUCGAUGACGUGUCACUAUUUAUUGCUUGACGAAACAUUUCCAUUUCCAGCACAUGAAACUGUGUUGAAUUACUUUUUUUUUUUCCUUUUUUUUUUUAAAUGUAGUUCCACUUGUGCCCCCCUUAGUUAAAAUGCUCUGAAUAAAACUGACGUUUUACUUUUCCUGUGCAAUUAAAGCACCUCGUUAUUUCUGUGUAAUGUAACUUUAUUUCAAAAUAUCAUUCUUCGAAACAAUCGUAGAAUCUAUUCGUCUCCUCUCUGAAAAGUGAAAAAAAUCCUACGUAGUAAAUUUCCAACCAAGGCGGGCAGAGUGACAGAAGAACCUGUCGAACGAUUUGCCCAAGUCAAUCAAAUAUCCACAACGUGGACGCAAAUUUGCUACUGUGCAUUUUCGACUUAUUUCGUCACGGAGAAAUCACUUCAGUCGAUACCACGAAAUACGUCUCGCCUUGUUGACAAAGAAACACCACACACAGGACGCGUGGACACGUGCAAAGAGAAAAAUCGCGAACGAUAGAGAGAUAAAUUCUUUGCUCGUCGGCUGUCUCAUAAUUGACCGUGGACCGAGUCCAUGAAGUCAAUAUGGAGGUAGUCGAUACGGGCGAGUGUCGGGUGUUUGAACGGUGGACGCGGUGUCCUGAAUCACGACCAACCGAAUUCCGAAGUUUUUGCGUCUUGUUUUGCCCGUGCGGCUAUGUGCACGUGCAGAGCAACGAAAGCGACGAGAAACAGGGGGCGAGGCACCCCCUGUUCCCGAUGCUAGACGAUAAUUAAGUGCGAUCCCGCAGUCUGUACCUGUGAAAUUCGAAAACAGAAAACGACGAGGAGGAAGAGGAGCAAAGAACGAAAAAAAAAAAAAAGAAAAAAAGAAAGAGAAAAAGAAAAAGACGAGUAGAAAUGCAGACGAAAAGAAGGCAAAGUUCAGUAGUCGAGCGGUGUAACAAAACGCUUUGGUCGGCGCUUUCGAGUCCACGGCGCGUUUUGCAUGUUUUCUCUCUUUCGAUAUCCCUUCUCUAUAUAUUUCUCUCUGAUUCUCUCUCUCUCUCUCUCUCUCUCUCUCUCUCUCUUUGGUUCUCGGUCUGUACUGUAUUUAUCGAUGCGUGCCAUUUCACUUGACCAUCGUAAAUACCGUUGUGUUGUUACUUGGCUCGAAGGGUGAAAUGUUUCAAGAACAGUAUCAAAGUUGCAGUAAUUACAGGAGCCUGUGAUCCGGUGGAUCGAAAAGAGGCGAAACGAAACGUUUUCGCUGGAAUAUUAAUUUCUUUUUUUUUUUCCAAAAGUUAUUUCCUGGAUCUGUUAAGUCUCUGGUCGUACAGUUUUAAAUAACAUAUUUUGUUUCUCUCUAGUACGCAGUCAGUGCGAAACGUCCGCGUACGUCGCGUUAACAUUUAUUUAACAUUUGUUGCAUAAUUUUAAUAUCAUUUUGCGUAACGGUGUUUGAAAAUGUUCGUCGUUAAUACAGAGAGAAAUGGAUGCGAAUUCAUUUGUUGAACAACUUGUUCUCUUUGUUAAAAUCAUGCAACGCUGAAUAAAUUUUAGCCAGGCGUACGCCGACUAUUUGGCUCGGCUAACUAUAUAAUUAAAAUAAUUAUCCGUAUGUGUAAAAGAAAAAUUAAGUAAAUUGAAAACGAAGUAAGUCAAGUAAAGUGGGACAAUCUGGCUCCAUCCUUCUCGUUCUUUUGUCCUUUCAAGUAAUUCUUUCUCUCUCUCUCUUUUUGUCUCUUUCUUCUGGUUUUUAUCUUUAUUAUUCUUUCUAUCUGUCUCUAUCUUUUUCGCUCUCUGUUCUUUUUCCUUUUUUUCUUUUCUUUUUAUGUUUCUCUCACUCCAUAACGUCGGGUCGAUCAUUUGUUCUGGUAGACAGUAACAUUAUUGCGGGCAAGUUUCGUAAGGAAUGCACCUUUCGUUACAACAUGUGUUGGAAUGUUGUUUGUUGUUUUUUGUCGUAAAGAAGCUUUUGUUACACCCCUCAUUAUACCCUCACCUGCAUGAAGGAUAUCUUUGCGAACGUUGAAAGCUUUCCUUUCUGACCGGUACAUAUUAUUAUAUACUAUAAUUUUCUUGCAUCAUGGUUUUCAUUAAUGCAUACUCUGCGAUCUCUCUCGAUCUUGCGCCCAUUCGAGCGAUUAUUUUUAUUUCCGAGCGCGCGAAUCAUACACGAACUUUCCGAAUCCCGAUCGUACUCGUCUCCUGCACGACGCGAUGCAUUCUCGAAUCGGUGAUUGAGUUUACUUAUAAAAAUGUACUGAGAAUGUCUGAUUCGCGCGGCAGAUUAUUAUUAUUAUUAUUAUUCGUUUUUUUUUUCUUUUUUUUAAUCUGAGGAUUUAUGUUGAGUUAAAUUGGUAAGCGAGAAGAAACUCGUAAGGUAAUAAUUUUAAUUAAGAAAGGCAGGUAUUUGGAAAUUUAAUUGAGGAAAGUGGGAAUUCCGGAAUUUAAUCGAAAUAUUAAUUUGUAGGAAUACGGAAAUUUAAUUGGAAGAGAUUAGAAUUUUCGAAUUUAAUUGGACAAGCCGUCUACAAGAUCAAAGGAAAACUAUUUAUUGUGACGUGCUUAAAUUCGCUAAAGACAAUUAAGAUCUUCAUUUCAGCAUCUUUAUUUGUGUAAUUUUGUUCUCUUGUAAAAUUGUAAUGUAAGCAUCAUAGAAGUUAAUGAACUGUUGUUCGAAUUAUGUUGUUCGAAAAUACGUUUUUGCUAUGUAAUCACGCUAAACCACGUUUAGAUUAGCUUUAAACGUCAUUAAUAAGAUCUGGAGCAAAUCUCGAGUUACAAAUUGCACAACGAAAACGAAUUUAGUAAUAAAAUAAUUAGGAAAUUGUCUUCCUCGUCAGUCACCGAUUCAAGCAAGUAGUGCGAUUUGAUUUUUUCUUUUUUUUUCUUUUCUUGGCAUAAAACACUCGAGUGUCGUAGGAAAUAAUCUUAGAAAUCAUAAUCAUCUCGCAUCCUCAACACGAGCGGAUUCUCCUUACUUAUUACUAAACGUCCAAACUGAAUGUCACUGAAUGUGCAAACAUCUCUGAACAUGCAGCUGAGGGUAGCCAAUCUUACGAUGAAUCUUACGUUCUCUGUUCGCGCCGAUUUAAUUCACGUUUGAACGUAAUCUCAGGGAUUUCGAUCAGUCUUUCGAACAACAACGGCGACGAUUUGAAACCGUGAAGAUUUUUUUUCAUUAUAACGUGAAGGCUUCACGUUUCUCGCGAGUGAUGAACGAGACGGGACGAAAUUACAGAUUGUUGUCAUGAAAAAUCGUCAAGCAACAGUCUCUUGACUGGUUGUCACGUAAAUUAGCAAUUCUUCUAGUUUCCUUUCGAUUCUGGUUUUUAUAAGCACGGAAUAGAUGUAACGUGAGGUCAUCGUCUUGCAAGUGAAUUGAAUCUUGAUAAUAAUUCCGAUGUUUUUCACGGCCCGGUGAUUCGUGACGGAAUUCGAUACGAAUAUUAAGGCAAAUUUUCUAUCUCUUGGCACUUGAAAAGUGUCGAAUUCGGAAAUAUUACCUUUUCAGAAAUAUUCACAUUGAUAUUCCAAAGAAAUUUUCCAAACUUUUAACGCAAUUCAUCGUUGUCAAAUUACGAUUUUACGAUAAAGUGUACAAAUGCUAUAUCUCAAGAUCGAGAAGAUCUCUUUUUUUACAUAGAAAAAGAAAACGUGUUCCUGUACAACCACUAUGUAAAUAUUCCUGCAGUUUCCUUCUUUCUAUUCCUUUCUGUUAUAUAUAUUUCUAAAAUCCUUUCACCUUUUAAAAAUUCAAAGAAUGCCAAAAAGUAGAACCAAUGUGUGCUUGACAUGUAUCGAAUUCCACAACGAACUGGUCGGGCCUUCGGAAAGGAAAGAAAGAAAGAAAGAAGAAAGAGAAAGAAGAAUAUUGGAAUUUUGUUGUAUUCCCUCGUCAGACAGUACGAUUGAAAUCCUAAUUUCGCGGUCACAAGCGUGACGUUUUACAUCUCUGAUUUUUGUACAUAGUUCGUACAUGUAUAUAGCUCGAUGUCGUUUCGAUGUUUGAUCCAGCGGUCCUGUUUCAUUGUGCCCAACACGAACAGAUUGCAAUACCACCGCGAGGUGAACCCGGGUUAUUUAUAUAUGUACAGACGGCUUAAUUCACGAUAGAUUUUGUAAAGAAUUGUAAGAAAUUAUGUCGAAAAGUACUAUACAUAUAUACACAUAUAUAAUACACACUAUAUAUGUAUAUAUAUGUAUAUAUAAAUGUUACACGAAGUUUGAAAGUUUAUCAAUUAUUACAUGUAAAACGUGCUGAUAUAAUGGA